AUGUCGCACCCCCAGACCCUCUUCCACCAAACCGAGUUCCACGGCCCCUCAGUCCUACGCUCGCGUCGCACGACGGUCAGUCGGUCAACAGCACACGCGCAGCUUCGCAAAUUGAAGGAAACUGGUCGUUAUGAGUGCUUUAGUCUGAAAAAGCAACCCAUAUACGACGAUCGCAGUCGGUGGCCUUGCCCCGCGCCGGUGUACUGGGAUAGCGAUGUCGCGAAGUGGCUUGAGGGUGCUUGUUAUCUGUUGAGUGAUGAGUAUGAUGCGGAGAUUGAUGCGGCGGUUAGGGAGAUCGUGGGGAUGAUUAGGGGUGCUCAGCAGGAGGAUGGGUAUUUGAAUACUUGGUUUACGAUUGCAGAACCCGGGAAGAGGUGGACGAAUAUUAGGGAUCAGCAUGAGUUGUAUUGCGCUGGUCAUUUAAUCGAGGCGGCGAUUGCUCAUGGCAAUUAUUACAAGAAUAACCUCUUGAUCGAGCCGAUCGAAAAGUAUGUGAAGCAUAUUAGCACGGUUAUUGGCCCAGGCCCGGAUCAGAAACAUGCCUAUCCAGGCCACCCCGAGACGGAGCUCGCGCUACUACGUCUGUACACAGCGACGGGUAACCAAACUGCGUACGAGUUGGCGAAGUAUUUCAUCGAAGAGCGCGGUAAUCAGAAAGGUCAGGAGGGAAUGUCGUACUACGACUGGGAGGCGAAGCAACGGGGAGAUAGCCCAUGGUUGCACCCAGAUAGCUAUCAAAUGCAUGACAGCCACUGGUACAACCAAGCCCAUGCGCCAAUUCUUGAGCAGAAGUCCGUCGAGGGACACGCCGUCCGAGCGAUGUAUCUCUUCACUGGGGUCGCUGAUCUGCUAUGCCUGGAUGAACUUGGCAUAAAAUCCUAUGUGCAUAAGGAUAAAUAUUUUGAAGCUCUAAGUGGACUAUGGAAUAAUAUGGUCGACAAAAAGAUGUACCUCACGGGAGGAAUCGGAUCAAUGUGGCAAUGGGAAGGCUUUGGUAUCGAUUACUUUUUGCCCCAAGGCUCCGAUGAAGGAGGUUGCUAUAACGAGACCUGUGCGUCAAUCGGCGUUAUAAUGUUGGCGGAACGUCUAUUACAUCUUGAUCUUAACUCCAAAUAUGCCGACAUUAUGGAGCUAUGUCUUUACAAUGCAGUGAUGACAGGUUUGAGCCUGGACGGAACCGCUUUCACAUACGUAAAUCAAUUGGCGAGCUCGGAGGCCGACGGGAAUCGCCGAGAGGACUGGUUUGAUACAUCAUGCUGCCCACCGAAUGUUAUGCGGCUGUUUGGCUGCCUCGGAGGAUAUCUUUGGGAUUACGGAGGCAGCGUGAAGGAUGCCUACGUCAACGUGCAUCUCUAUACGACAGCCAAGGUUACGUUUCAAGUAGAAGACCAACAGAUCGUACUAGAACAGAAGUCGAAUUGGCCUUGGGAAGGUAACAUAAUGUUCCAGCUGCAGGCGCCGAUAUUCGUGGCUGUUACAGUCAGGCUGAGGAUCCCUUCCUGGGCGCGAAACCAGUUCACGCUCACUCCAAGUUACAAAGCUGCAAAACUGGAAAAUGGUUACUUGGUACUCCCUCCUCCGUACACAGCGGCGAAUAGGGCCUUCUCGAUCCAGAUCGACGGGUUCAAGCCCCGAUUCAUCUCCCCACACCCAUACACCAAUCAGAAGACCUCUACAUUAGCGCGCGGUCCGUUAAUUUACUGCGUGGAGGACGUCGAUAACCCUUGGGAGCAGGACCACUUCCGCAACGUCGGGAUUCAAUCCGACUCUGAAGUUACCGAGAAGGAAGAGGAGAUUGACCAAAUAGGGGAACGCUACGUCGCCCUCCGAUCGGUUGGGUGGAUCCGUAAGAUAGAUGAUCGGGCCGAGUCAAAGUCCGGUAUCGAACCCGACUCAUCACUCCCUCAGACGGUUAUGACGGAGAAGAAGGACCUGACGUUCGUGCCUUACUAUCUCCGAGCAAACCGUGGUGGCAGGGGUCACAUGAGGGUUGGACUUCUGAGACAAUAA